AUGACCUUGACCAUCAAGCGUGCUUUUGCUCAGCAGAUCUAUGCCGGCGAGAAGUUGUUCGAAGCCCGGCCUGAACCCAAGCAGAUACAGAACUUGGGCUCAACCGUGACGUUUCAUUGGUAUACCCAAGAAAGACUGAUGUGUCAAAUUCGCCAGAAGCUACGGUUCAGCUCAGCCCGAGAGAUGCUCCAGACUCUGCAACCUGAGACGUGCCUGCCUGGCAAAACCUAUGAUGAAGCAGUGGCUGUCUAUGAGAGCUUGGGUGAAGCAUAUGCCAACAAGCCCAUGGUCGCUUUGGAGCUUGUGCCCAUUGAGUGGAUGACCGGAGUCCUACCCACGACUACGAAGACAAAGAGUAAAGCUGCCAUGGUGCAGAAGACAAAGAAAAGAAAGAAGAUGGAAGCAGUGCCUCUCAUCACGCGGCCCGACAUGAGCAAUCCACACGAACGACGAGAGGCGGAGCACAGGCCAGAGGAAGGAGAGCAAACGGAUGCGCAGACUUUGAUGAAGAUGCUGCUUGAGGCAACGCCGAGCACCUCAGAGGAGCAGAGUACACACAUUGUCCGCAGCAAGCUUCGUAGCAGAUUAGCCAACAUAUGUGAAAAGGGUACCAAAAAUGACAGGAAGAAGAAAUCAAACGGUCCAGCCAACAACGUGAUAGAAGCUGUGCGGAGCCUAGCCUCCAGUGCCGUGUUGGAAAGCAGAGAAGAAAAGAAGUCAGGACACACAGUGAUCCACUUCAAGAAAAGAAAGUGGGCCGAGAUUAGCGACAGCUCCUCUGCCAUGGCAAUGUGCCAGUCCCUGCACAUCAGCAGCGAGCACUUUCCGCAGUGCUAG